AUGAUUUAUAAGUUUGUGACGCAAGAUUAUAUCGAUUUAACAAACCAAAUUAAAAAAUGGUUCCCAACUGAGGAUUCAACGACGUAUUUUCGACCAGGAAUUCCUAAAAGUCUUUCCAAAAACAAAAAAUCUAAGAAACCUGGUGGCAGAUUGUAUGAUAAAAUUAAAAAUCGCAAAUCUUUAUUUGCCCAAUUAACAGGUACAGUUAGACGCAAAGACCAAUCAGAAAAUACAGAUGAAGAUGAAAUUGAACCACUAGCUGAAGACGUAGCUGAAAGUUUGGUAUGGUUAGAUCAUAAUCGUGAUUUUACACUAAUUGAUCAUCAUUGGAAGAUAACAGCUAAAGCUCGUAAUGAUAUAUUAAUGAAAUCAAAUGGAAAUGUCUUCGACUAUCUAAAAAAGUAUCCAGUGCUAAAAGAUCCAAAUCAUGGUUUUCGUUUAGUAAAUAUUGAUUUUUGUGAGCUGUAUACAACCUCUGAAUCAAAAUUCUAUGAGCAUUGGGAAUGUUUCGUCACAAAAGUGUUUGAUCAAACUAUUAGAAAGAAAAAAAGUUAUACAGACGACGUUCAAGAGCUGUUAAAUAUAAUUGAUGAUGAAAAUACUAAUUUGUAUGCCAAACGUUUUGCUGAAAUAUUAUUAUUACCUUUUGCCGUUCCUCCACGAGCUGGUGUAUCUAAAGUUGAUAAAGAGUAUUGGAAACCAACAAUAUUAGAGAGCCAACAAGGAUUUGCAGUGCAUGCUAAAGACGUUGGAGAUAUUGAAAAAAUUCAUGAAGAUAAAGUAACACAGAUGCGCAAAAAAAAAACAACUGUCCAGCCAUAUAUACUCGGAAUAGGAAAUACUUUAAAAGAUGUGAAUAGUUUCAUGGUGAUACUUGAUAAACCUCUUUAUCGUUUUGAUUCACCUUUAACAGCACUUUUAAUUUGUUUCAAAAUAUUUUAUGUCUGGAAUGUUGGAUUUCCGUUACAAAGCAAACAAAUUUGGACGUUGUUACAGCACGGUAUUUUGAAAUUUACAACUGAUACUGAUGAAAAUAUAACUCAUGUCAGUAAGCUUCUUGAGCUUAUUAAAAAUUAAUUUAAUUACUUCUCGUUGUAUUAGAAUGAAAAAUUGAGUUUAGAAAUGGGUAUUAUAUGUCCAUAUUGCGAUUGUCAUUUUAAAAUAAUGAAUGACCUAUUUGUUCACUGUAAAUUAAAACACAGUUUAUAUUUUAAUCGAUCGGUUAAAUGUAAACAACCAUUCUGUUUACGAUUACAUUGUGAUUAUUAUUCUUUAAAG